CUUCGCAACACUACAGUACUCUUUCGUAUUGAAGCUUGUAUGCAUUCACUUUUCCUCUCUUUUUUCAGAUGUGGAAGUUGCAUGCGGAGAUUGUAUACGGAGGGGGUGAUGUAAUGGGCAACAUGGUUUUCUAGGCAAUUCAUCAAAUGAGGGCCUGGGUGACAGUCUAUUUUAUCCUCUAGAGCUCAAGUUAACGAUUCUUAGCAAAUCUGUGCCUGUUACAAAUCACGACCGACUAAUAUAAUCAAAGAGUAUGGAACUUGUACUUCCAACAAUAUACACGCAGCUGGCGUCGAUAGCACCAUGCCCAAGAGUUAGACGCUUGCUAAGCAUUAAUUGAGUCCAUUUAUUUGAUCACUCAAUGUGGAAACACACAAAGACUCGUUCUUCAUUGCUUAUUACUCAUGAAAACAUUGGCAGUACAUGCAUUGUUUUUCCGCGGCAAGGCGUUCCUCCUCUUUCUUUUUCUUUUCGGCAAGCUCAAUUUCGCGCUGUUGAAUCUCGGCAAGCUCCUUUUGACGCUGCUUGAUAUCGGCAAGGAUAUAUUAUCUUCUUCUCAGCUUGCACACUUACAAAUUUUCAAACUUAGUUUGCCUACUAAGUCCUUUUUGGUGAUGUUGUGUCCGAACGCAUCAAAGAAGCGCUUUUUGACCAUCUUGCACAGAUUUCAGAACGAUAUACAGCAAAUUGACAAACAAUGAUAAGCUUUAUAGAUUUUAUAUUUAACAAAAUAGGUUCUCAAAAGAAAUUUGGUCUCUAACGAUUCUUGCAUUCCCGAGGUACGCGAAAUUUUGGCAUCAAAUUGCAUAUUGCACUCAAUGUGAUAGUUUAAACAAUUUGUCUCCAAAUUUUGCACCCGACUUUCAGCUCUUACCAUAUUCAAAAUCGAUGCAUUUGUCAGAUCCACCAAUACACACGAAUUAAUCGACCUAAACAAUGCGCUGUAUCUCAAAGUGAUUUUUUAUACAAUGUGACUUCAAAAUUUAAUCAUGCACAAAUCACCCGAGAGAACAAAACGACAACAAUUAUGAAUGAAAAUCUUAUAAAUUCGCUCAUUCAUAAGCACAGUCGAGAUGUACGAUCUUU